UGCGCUUGGGCGCGGCCGGCAGGGGGCGCGGCGCGCGCCGCCUUUGUUGCCGUUGGCGCCUUCCCUCGGCCGAGGCGGCGGCGGCGGCGCGCGCGGGAGCGGGAGCGGGGCGGGGCGGCGGGAGCGGCGCGCGGCGGGCUCGGCUCGGCUCGGCUCGGCUCGGCUCGGCUCGGCUCGAGGAUGGAGAUGAAGAAGCGGUUGACGCUGGAGCUGCGCAACAAGAAACCGGGCGAGGUGAAGGAGCUGGUUCUUGAUAACUGCCGUUCGGACGAUGGGAAGAUCGUUGGUCUCUCCUCAGACUUUGAGAACCUGGAGUUCCUCAGCAUGAUCAACAUCAACCUGCUGUCCGUCUCCAACCUCCCCAAACUCAACAAACUACGGAAGCUGGAGCUGAGUGAUAACAGGAUUUCUGGUGGCCUUGAAGUUCUAGCAGAGAGAACUCCUAACUUGACACACUUGAACCUAAGCGGCAACAAGAUCAAAGACAUCAAUACCCUGGAGCCCUUGAAAAAGUUGCCAAACCUCCACAGUCUGGACCUCUUCAACUGUGAGGUGACGAUGCUCAUCAACUACCGGGAGAGCGUGUUCACCCUCCUGCCCCAGCUCACCUACCUAGACGGGUAUGAUGCUGAUGACCAGGAAGCCCCUGACUCAGACCCUGAAGCAGAUGGGGAUGCACUGGAAGAUGAGUAUGAGAAUGGGGAAGAAGGUGAGGGUGAGGAAGAGGAGGAUGCUGAUGAGGAAGAUGAUUUGGAUGAAGAAGUCAUCGAUGAUGAAGAAGAUGAAGAUGAUGAUCUGGAAGGUGAAGAGGAGGAGGACGGAGUAGACGAUGAGGAGGAAGAUGUUGCUGUGGAUUUACACCUUGCUGGUGGGACUGUGAUUCUUGCAUCAAAGCAUCUUGUUUUGACUCCAGGAGGAAGAUGAGGAGGAAGAUGGUGAGGAUGAUGAAGAAGAUGAAGCUGAUGAUGACCUGCCACGAGGGGAAAAGAGAAAACGAAAUCUAGAGGAUGAAGGAGAGGAAGAUCCAGAAGACGAAGAGGACGAUGAGGAUGACUGAUCCCAGCAACCCAAUCAGUUUUACAGACUCUGACUGUGCUUGUCUUAACCUCCCCGUUGUGUCUAUGUGAGACUGUAAAUCCCCGUCUCCCGCUCCUCCCCCCUUUGUAUGGCUGCAGCGUCCACAAUAUAUUUUUUUAAGAUGUAGAAUCCUGUAGGCAUUCAGGGGAAUCUUCCAUCCAAGGCUCACUUCUCACAGGUAUCCAUGACCAAAGGCUUUCUCCGUUCUGUGGUUUGUGCAGCAGUUUGCAAAAACAAACAAAAAAACACACAAAAAAAAAACACAAAAAAAGAAAGAAAACACACACACAAAAAAAAAAAAAAAAAACCCGAAAAAAACCAAUUUCCUCCUCCUCGGGUAUCUUUUGUGUCUGAAGUCAGCUUUGCCACACUGGACCCAGAGCUCCAGCUCCCACCCUGCCCGACAGCAAAGAAGGCAUUUGCUUAUCCACAUGCCCUCAGACCAGCUUUCUGAAGACGCUUGAGCCACCUCGAGCAGUGGGUGCGAAUCUGGUUCAUCUAAAUGGACUCCAACGCUCCCUGAGGUCUCUCUGAUCAGAAAUAAUGGUGAUGUGAUCUCUGGAGAUGCUUGAAGAUACUUUAGUGCUGGGGAUGGGGGGGUGCAUGGGGUCUCGGGAGAGGGGGGGUGGCUGCUUGCAAGACCUGGUACCUCUGGCAAUGCACCUUGCAGUAGCCCUGCACUUGCUUUCCUAUUGUUUUUUUAGAAACUGGAAUCUUUCUCCUAGUGGCCACCCAAUAACUUCCACUUGGAUGUCCAAAUAAGCCUGAUUUCCGUGGCUCUUGAGUGUCUUUGCUGUGACGAGGCCUCUUGUCACCCCGUAGCAGCCUCUGCCUUUAGGAAGAGAUAGGAAAUAGCAGGUGAAGGGAUACUGCUCUUCUGUCAACCUCCAUUUCGCACUGUACAGAACACGUUCAACCAGUAUCACUGUGAUGCACCUAACUCGGCGUUCCCCGGGAGACCGUGUUAGCCUCGAUAUUCUCAGGGUCCUUCUGCUAGCCAGUACCAGCUCUGGACAGUUGCCUCAGCGCUAGCCUGGUGUACGCAUCCUCCUCUUCCUUCUCCUCUUUCUUUCUUAGCAUGAAGAGAAGUGCAUUGAUCAGAACCCAGCUCUCUCCCACUCGUGUUCAUGCUCUGACGGUGCCGCAGAGCAACGUGUCCCCCCACUCCACGGUGGCUGGAAGGAGGAAGCGGGGAUGAGCCACGUGUAGCUCCGCUACAGAAGGUUCCUCACCCCUUGCCCACCCUUCCUCCGCCUGGAGGUGUUCAUCCAGCACAUCCACGAGCUUUGCUGGCCCCGUGGCACCCAAGGGAUGGUAACUGGGUGCCGCAGAGCUGUGCUGGGGCAGGAGCAGCUGCUGUUCCUCCUGCUCCCCACGGAUGCACUGGCACUUUGUGGCAUUCCCGGUGGGCAACCUGCAGGCACCCAGAGGGGAGACUCGGCAGCGGUUCCUGCAGAGGAGUGGAGUGUGUUGCAGCACAUCCCAGUUCCUGUUGCUUUGUUCUGGUCUUGCUGUUGUCUCGUGUUGUACAGUAGCUGUAACCAUUCGGAGAAGAAUUAGUCCUGUAAAAUGCAAACUGAGUAACUUAUAAAUGUUAAAGGAAUUUUUUUAAGAAAAAAGGAAAUUUCAGAGCAGCAGUUACUUCUAAUUUUUUUUUUUUUUUCCCUGCAUUUUUAGCAGAUUGUAUGGAUUUUAUAUUAGCUUAGUGACUGUCAGGUUGCGAUUGGUCAGACUAGUCCCAGGAAUAAGGAUCUCCAGCCCCUUUUGUAUCUUUUGUUACAAAAUUUGGAUAAAACUUUUAAUAAAGACUUCAGUUUUUAAAAACUCA